AUGAUUUUGGCCGAAACACGACUCGAAUGGUUGCUCUCAUGUCAGGCGUUGAUGAGAUUGGGAUCAACUGUUGCCACACUCGAUACCACAUCGUCUUCGGAAGCCAUCAUUCACGGCAUUAAUGAGACACAAGUCACACAUUUGAUCACUAAUUAUAAUCAGUUGAGUCAACUAAAUUCAAUUCUGGACGAUAUGCCGAGUGUUAAAUGCAUUGUAUAUAUGGACGGACCAAAUGAACCCAAUCUCAAGAAGUUGUUCACCGAAGAGCAAAGACAAAGAGUGAGUUUUCAUUCGUUAUCUGAAAUUGAAAAAACAGGAAAAUCACAUAAAGAUCUGAAAUGUGUGGACCCGAACUCCGAGGACACGGCUUUCAUUAUGUAUACCUCGGGAUCCACUGGUAUUCCCAAAGGCGUGAAUAUAUCGCACAAAAACCUGUUGACAGCCAUUAAGUCGUUUAGCUUUUUGUCGGAGAUUUUAGACGAAGACGACGUCUACUGUUCUUACCUUCCGUUGUCUCACAUCUUUGAAUUGGCGGCUCAUCUCUACUUCAUCUCCAAUGGUGUGGCCGUCGGCUUCGGAUCUGUUCACACACUCACUGACCGCUCAAAAGGACUCAUGAAGACCACGAAAGGAGAUCUCACUUUACUUAAGCCAACAGUUAUCACAUCAGUUCCCGUCUUAUUAAACAACAUUCGUUCCGUUAUAGAAAAAAAUGUUGACCAAAAUAUCUUUGCAAAAGUGUUAUUCAAUUUGUUUUAUUAUAUGAAAGAGUUCUUCACAAAACACGGUUAUAGCGCUCCGAUCACUAGUUUUCUGUUUUGCACACAAUUUAAGCCACUUUUGGGCGGAAGAGUGAAAGUGAUAGCCAUCGGUGGGGCCCCUCUCUCGCCACAAACUGAACACUUUAUUCGCAACUGUUUAGACGUGAAGACAAUUCAGGGUUAUGGUCUGACAGAGACGUGUGCGUCGGCCACGGCUACCGAUUUGGAUGACACCAGUGUUGGCACAGUUGGCGCCCCUCUCGAUGGCAUUCAAAUUAAAUUAGUUGAUUGGUCUGAAGGCAACUAUAGAGUGACUGAUUCGCCGAACCCGAGGGGAGAGUUGGUUAUCGGCGGCGAUAAC